AUGCGUGCAACAGCGUCGUUAUUAUUCGAAGACAGCUGCCAUGCUGAAGGUGUCCUACAAGCCUUGAACAAUCUGAGGAUUCUAGGCCUUGGCUGUGAUGCUGUCCUCAGCACUGAAGAUGGAGGUAUGUUCCGUGUACACAGAUCUAUCAUGUCCUGGUGCAGCACUUACUUUCGAACCGUCUUCACUACGUCACUGGUCGACACAAACUGUGGAGAUGGCCCACAAGUGCGGACCUUCAUCGUCAUCCCAAACGUAUCCGCCACGAUGCUAGAGAUCAUCAUUCAGUACGCCUACACCGGUGCGACGCCCGUUUCAGAAGAUAACGUGCAAGAAUUGUUGCCAGCGGCUGACCAGUUCAGUGUUCUGGGCUUGGUCAAUGCAUGCGUUGAUUUUCUUGUCAACAAUUUGGACCCGAAAAACUGUAUCGGAAUAUGGAGGUUUUCAAAAGAAUACUUUCUCUUAGACUUGGAAAAAGAGGCUUUCAGAUACAUUCUUGAUCAUUUCCUCGAUAUCGCAGAGCGGAGCAAAGAAUACUUAGAACUUUCGGUCUCUAAUCUGAAUAUUAUACUGAAAGAUGAUUUGCUGAACGCCGAAAAGGAAAUAUCUGUUUGGAAUUCAGUGAAACACUGGGUUUACUAUGACAUCGCCAACCGCAUGACUUGCUUGCCAAGUCUUUUGGCAUCGAUUAGAUUAGCAGCCAUGUCGAUUGAUAAUUUCCAAGGUCUCAUUAAGGACUCAAUAAUAUCCAAAAGUAUACAAUGUCGACCUUAUCUCGCCAAAGUAGCCAAAUUUAUAUUGCAAGAUCUCAAUGAAGCUGAAAAACAUGAUGAAAUAUGCGAAACGAAUGCUUUGUUCCAACCGAGGCUACCACGGAAUUUAAUUUUCUGCAUCGGAGGUUUGAAUCACUGGGGUCUUCCAUAUUUUUUCGAAGCCUAUGACAAUCGUGUAGAUUCCUGGAAACAGGUAGUAUCUUAA